AUGGAGGAAAUUGGUAUUUACCCAACGCACACGCCUAGUAUUGGCCAGCCUGUGGAAAGCAUAAGCUCGAAUGCCAAUGGUAAUGCCAACAAGAAUAGCACAGACGUCUAUCUCAAGCUGAAGAAGCUGGAAAAGGAAUUGCAACUGUUGAUGUUGCAAGAAGAUUACAUCAAAGACGAACAGCGCCACUUGAAACGAGAAUUGAUUAGAGCACAAGAAGAAGUGAAGAAAAUCCAGAGUGUUCCUCUUGUCAUUGGACAAUUUUUGGAACCUAUUGAUCAGCACACAGGUAUUGUUUCGUCGACCACAGGCUCUAAUUACGUGGUUAGGAUUUUGUCGACGUUGGACAGAGAGCUAUUGAAACCAUCUGCCUCUGUUGCUCUUCACCGUCAUUCUAAUGCCCUAGUGGACAUCCUGCCACCAGAGGCAGAUUCAUCGAUUUCCAUAGUGGGCGAAAACGAAAAACCAGAUGUCACAUACAACGACGUUGGAGGAUUAGACAUGCAAAAACAAGAAAUUAGAGAGGCUGUUGAGUUGCCUCUCACGCAAGCAGAUUUGUACAAGCAGAUUGGUAUAGAUCCUCCUCGAGGCGUCCUUCUGUAUGGGCCCCCAGGUACGGGUAAGACCAUGCUUGUCAAGGCCGUUGCCAACAGCUCUACCGCUUCAUUUAUCAGAGUUAACGGCUCAGAGUUUGUGCAAAAGUACCUCGGAGAAGGUCCUAGGAUGGUGAGGGACGUUUUCAGACUGGCCAGGGAAAACUCGCCAUCGAUUAUCUUCAUCGACGAAAUCGACGCAAUUGCUACAAAGAGAUUCGAUGCCCAGACCGGUGCCGACAGAGAGGUGCAAAGAAUCUUGAUAGAGCUUCUCACGCAGAUGGAUGGAUUUGACCAAUCCACCAAUGUCAAGGUCAUCAUGGCCACUAAUAGACCAGAUACCCUGGACCCGGCUCUUUUAAGACCUGGAAGAUUGGACAGAAAGAUUGAGUUCCCAUCGCUUAGAGACAGAAGAGAAAGGAGAUUGAUUUUCAGCACAAUUGCAGCCAAGAUGUCUCUUUCUCCAGAGGUGGAUCUGGAUUCGCUGAUUAUGAGAAAUGAGCCACUGAGUGGAGCUAUCAUCGCUGCCAUUAUGCAAGAAGCUGGUCUCCGUGCAGUGAGAAAGAACAGGUAUGUUAUUUUACAGAGCGAUUUGGAAGAAGCAUACACGGCACAAGUUAAGACAGGAAAUGAAGUCGACAAGUUUGAGUUCUAUAAAUAA